AUGUUGGAGACUAUUGUUCUUUUGCCCAUUGGAGUUGCAUUUUGGGUUCUCUGCAAAAGGCAGUCCCGGCAGCAAAAAGUCAUUGGAGGUCUACAGGCGACCAUAACUCGGCAUAGGGAGGAGUUGGACAGACUUCUGCAGACAGAAGUUACUUCAGACGCCGCACGGUUGGUGAAUUACUCCUUGUUGACAGCUGUAGGGGUGUAUGGCUGUGUCCUCGUGGCAAAAGCUGUGUCGUCGUCGACCCCGCGUAUCGGCCGUGAUGUACCACCGACCGAGUAUGCACCAACCCCUGCGCGACAUGAGGGAGAGGAGUGUGUUGUGUGCAUGACUCACAGGCGUGAUACAUUAUUUGACCCUUGUCGUCACCUGUGCGUCUGUUGGCUAUGUUCGCAGGGCAUGCAAUCGUGCCCGGUGUGCCGACAGGAGAUUUUGAGGCGUCAGUUUGCAUUCAUUUCCUGA